UAAUAGUCCUUCCGAAAACAAAAAGAUGAGAAAAAUAUAGUGAAAUAGCACCACGCGAAACGGACCUGCCAAUAGAUAUUCCACAAAAGGAAAGCAAAAUGAUGUCACGAAAUCCCAUUUUGCACCGCUAACUCUUUGUCCAGCAGAGCGUCCAUAUCCGCGACACACCCUUCGAGACGAGUGUCCAAGAGGACAUAAGUCCGUGACCAUGUUCCACACCAGAGGUUACUUGGGUCAAAUUGAAAUAUUCCAAUUGUAAAUCCUUUUAAAGGUUUAGCUUUUACGACAACGGCGAUUAAAGAGGGUUGAAGAAUGUGAUGAGAUUGACUCUGGAAUAUACUUGUGAAAGGAAUGGCAUUCGAUGUCAUCUUUCUUCUUCAGAAAUAUUCUUCUAAGGAUUCUUAAAUAUUUUAGUGAAGUUUAGUGGCGUUCUUGAGAUUCCACAAAAAUUUGGCGACCAAAUCAACAUUCCUUUGGAUGGUAAAUGGAAAAGCUAAAUACUUAUGGAUAAAACCGGGCUGCCAGAGAGAUCAGAUGGGUCUAUGGCGCGGCUGCUUGUGCAUAGUCAUUUUUCUUAUGGUGUCUGCGGAGCAAAAGAACUUUACCAUCAAGGAGUCGCACAGAAGAGGUAAAGCUUUGAAAAUAUCAAAGAAGCCCUGUUCUGAUCCAAGCGGAAGGAAAGGCAUUUGUACAUUUAAAUGGGACUGCAUUAAUCACAAUGGAACACUUAUGGGAACUUGCAUGGAUGGCUUCAUAUUUGGCACCUGUUGUCAGUAUGACUAUGACCCUUUAUUUCAUGACGAUUCAUUUGAUGACAUUAUAUUCUACGAUAACUCAAAUAAUGUUCAGGAAGAUCACAAACUUUUACCUUCACCUGCAAGGUAUUCAACAAGUACUACAACCACCACACCAACGCGUUUUUAUUCGAUCCCCACUAGUCGCCCAACAACAAGAUCAACUCGUUCAACGACGACAACGCUUCGACCAAUAGUUACAGCGAGUCGUCCUCCGACAACAAACCGACCAACAAUUACAACCACAGAGGCAGCAGCCACAACACGUAGUACUACUUUAAUAACUACAACUAACAGACCAAAUACACAAUUAGUGACAUGGACUUCCAUAGGACCGACAAGACCACCGCUUGUGCCACAACGUCCUAUAUUACUAAACCCAUUUCCAUUUCGUCCCGGAUUAAAUAUUCCACAAACAGGAUGGCCACUGGGCAUAGCUUUUCCAGUGAAUAUUUUUCAACAAAAUCGACCAUUUCAGAUAUUUAGACCUCCAGCUGUGUUUCAAACUGCUCAAAGUACUGUGUCAAAUCAAACACUAUUGAGACCUGGUUCAUCAUUUACAAUAUUUAACAGCACAAAUGGAAUUAAGUCAGCCAAUAAUGCAACAACCAAUAAUGCUGUAUCAUUGACUACUGUAGUUGUGCCUAUACCGCAGUGGUCGACACAAUCAUCAACUCAAUCAACUACAACUCAACGAAAUUUCAACCGUCCAGUACAGCUUUCUUCUCCAAGAGGAACAAUCAGGCCCUUAUUUUAUACAUCCCAUAAUGUCACACCAUCAACAAACGGAGUCACAACAAGGCGACCCCACCUUGACUACAGAAAAGGUAAAGCAUAUAAACUAAGUUUUUAUAAAUUCGCUUUCUUGAUUGUAAUGAGACAAUCUUGCGAGCAGCAAAUAUUCGACUAGCUAGAGCAUUCAAAUCUCAGCUACAACUGCAUACUCGAUGUCAAUGAGAUUUUCAAUCGUUUCUUGACAACUACAAACAAAAUUGCAGUGACAUUAUCAGAAUCAAAACUACAACGCCUUAAAUAUUAAAUAA